AUGUCGCUGCAGCUUGCUCGCACAGCGCACGGGCGAUCGCAGAUCCAAAUUGACGAGCAAAUCGAUGCGUACCUGCGUCUACGAAACGAUGAGGACAGUGCCGUGGAAGCAGUUCCUGUUGGAGGCGAGGAGAGGUCGCUCCAGAAAUACUCAAUAAAGCUAGAGGAUAUGGUGCCCAUGACGUCGAUUCGUCCACCGGACGGUCUGAGGGGUCUACUCCGUCCGUCUAGGACAGCAUCACAGCUGGCGAGACCGGCGUCUCAAAGCCAAUUGAGCUUGACACAGCAAAGCAACAACUUUUCAGGCAGCUCUGACCAAAAGACAAUGCACGGCAUUUACGGCCUGCUGGCCCGUCACAUAGAGGUCCCGCCAAAGGUGUGGGCGGAACUGCCGUACAAGGAUUUGAUUUCAUGUUUCAUAAAGGAGCAGGAGGAGGCGACCCUGGAGCUGUCUCCCACCACCACCGGCGGCGAUAGUAACGCGGGCGCGGCACUGGAUGGUGCGGCUUCCGAGCCGGGACCCAGGUGUUCCAUUUUCGGCCUGCCGAUGCUGCACCCCUAUUCCCGCCUGGCGGUGGCCUGGCGCUGCGCCAUGCUGUUGUUUGACCUGUCCUUCACCGCAUUCUGGGUUCCGCUGAACGUGGGGUUCUGUUUCGAGGCGUACGGAGAUUUGAAUCGGCCCUGUACGAGGUCCGAUUUUGCGGGAGGUAUUAUUUACGUCAUCAACUGGUUUGUGGGCUUCCAUAUGGGGGUUGUGGCCACUUGCGGCUCUAAAAGGAGAAUGGUGCUAGAUGGCAUGUCCGUGGCCAGGUUGUACGCCUUGUACGGCAAGUUUGUGAUGGAUACGCUGGCUGUGGUGCCCUUCUUUGUGCUGAUCUCCGCCAUUACGGCCGCAGACGACGGCGCCGUGGGGUCCGGACGGCGCCUGUGGGGUCUGUUGUCGCUGAUGCGGCUGAUACGUCUGUUGCGGCUGUUCAACACCGUCAAGUUCUUGGUAGUUAUCAACUUGUGCGCUUCUCUUAUGGUCCUUCUGGCCACCUACUACGGUGACCAGGGCCUGGACACCUGGUUUGGCGGCAUGAAGUGGGUGGACUUCGAGUCCGUGUCUCCUUCGGUGUUGUGGGUGCACUCGGCGUACUGGGUCAUCACCGUGUUGACCACCACAGGCCAAGGCCAGGCCCCACGCCGGCUGGGGGAGCAGAUCUUGUCAAACUUCUGUUCCGUGUAUGGCAUGGUGUUCAACGGUUUGGUGGUCGGAAUCGUCGGUGAGGCGCUGAUGCGGGCCAGCGGUGAUGCUUCCGCCUUACUUCUCUCCAAACGUGACGUUGCUCGAGCCACCUCCUGGGCCGCCAUGCGACAUCUGAACCCCAAGCUCACCAAGGAGCUGCAGGUGUUCUUCGCGGACCCUGAUUUGGCGCAUCGAGACAUGAACAAGGAGGCGGGUUACAUCCUUGCGCUGCCCACCUCACUUCGUCGCGAGGUGCUGCAGCACAUCAUGAAGGAUCUCCUACAGCGGGUUGUCCCAGCGGUGAAGUCUCCAAGUCGCUGCAGCAAUCUGGAUUUUAGUCUGGAGGCCUCGGAGAGCAUUCACUGUCCAGAUGGUGCUGGUGUUAGCUGGUUCGUUCCAGGUGAACCCAGAGGGCCACGGCGGCGGCUGGCGGCGCAGACGGUUCACAUCUUCAACACCACCUCCAGGGAACCCGAGCUACAAGAUCUUUUGGCGUCCAUGUUCCGUCCCGUGGACGUUCCACGUGGCCACGAUCUGUGCCGUCAGGGCACACCCGCCGACCGGUUGUGGGUGUUGGAGUGGGGCAACGUGGUGGCUCAGCGCCAGAACGAGGUAGACGAGCACCCCACUACCGGCAUGAGCUGCCUCCUCGGUGAGACGGUGCUGCUGAAGGGGGUGGUGGAGGCGGCGGGGGUGCGGCCAUGGACGCUGCAGACCACCAGCGCGUGCCGGUUGUGGGAGCUCCAUUUGGCGGACAUUGAGAGGCUGUUGUGGGUGGAGCCUUCGCUGGUGACGAAGGUGCUGCAGUACGUCAAGGAGCGGCUGAUUGACAAGCUGGUUGGUGUACCCGAACGAGACCGCUCCUGGUGCGAGCUGGUGACGGUGCUGAACCGCAUCCUCAAACAGCCCGCCAUGCUGGACUGUGCGGCGGAUAACCUGGAGGCAUUGGUGCAGGCGCGCCCGGACGACAGCUCCCUGCCACUGCUGCUGUCCUCCUGGCUUGAGGCGGUUAUUGCCAACCCCCUGUACACCGAACUGUCGAGGGAGCCUGCGACAAGGAAGAGGGGACUCGUGACGAUGGCCUUGCAGCCGGACGGCAUGGUGGGGGCCGCGGCGGCUGUUGGUCCAUACGGCUCAGCGGCCCAGCACCCCCUGGGGGCGCCAUCGCUGGCGAUCUUGUCGCGGUACGGCACCAUGCGUGGCGGCGCCGGCGCCGGCAGCGUUGCAGGCAGCGGUGGAGGCGGCAGCGUGACUGCACGCGGACUGCUUAGCGGUGAUGGCAGCGGCGUGCCGGGGUCGCCGCUCGCGGUCGUACCCGCCGCAUCGCCGGCGACGCUGGCACUUCAGCCCAGCAGCGGCGGCGGCGCUGACGACGAUUGUGUUGCAGACGCCGCGAUUCGCUCGUCCGCGGGCAACGGUGAACUGCCGCAGGGAUCGCUCCCAGGUCCCGGUGCCCUUGGUGGCGGCAGUAGUGGCGAGGCAGAGCCUGGCAGGCGUGCCGUACGGGGCAUGCCAUGCAUUGCGAGGCGGUCGCGGUCGGGCACCCGACUGCCUCUCUCGGACGGCGGCGGCGGCAACGGGGAUGGCAUCGAAGGUGACGGUGUAACAGCGGCGGCGGCGGUUAGGGGGAUGCGUACGGAGGCACAGUCACAGCCGCAGUUGAUGACGCCGGGGCUUGGCGGGAGUUCAAGUGGAGGCGGAGGGUUGGCUGCUGGUCGCCCGGCGCCCUCGCUGUCGCGCUUCGCCGCGGCGGCGUUGACGGCCAGACGGGCCCCUUGGGUGGAGACAGCGGCGGCGGCAGCGGCUGUAAAUCUACGCAGCCGGCGUGCCACCCGCCGGGCGUCCAUGUCCGAUAACGGAGUGGUCGCGUUCGGCGGCCGUGACGCCACCUGUGACCGCGAUGACGAAGACGACGAAGACGGCGGCGGCGGCGGCAGCGGCGGCGGCGCUGCUGGAGCCGAAGACUAUAUCGAAGACUGUGACGCGAGCGAUGUAAAUGACGACACGUGCGAAGACACAGAAGCCGUUGUGGAUGGGCGGAGUGCCUCGGUCAUUGCGCACACGCAGAUGGCAUAUUCGGUGUUCUCCGCCCUGCCAUCAGGGGCGUCAGGAGGGCUCGGACCUAGAUCCCCCAGUCCGCAGCGCUCGCCAGGCGCCGCUGCCGUUAACGGCACCGCCGGUAGCAGGGUUGGCAGCCCACGGGUAUGUCCCUUCAGCGAUUCCGACAGCCCCAGAGUUGGCGCUGCUGCCGAUGCUGACGGCAGCAGUGACGGCGGCGGCUCUUUCCUUAACGCUACCGGCGCGGCACGGCAACCUAGGCUAUCAUCUCUGGCUCGGGCUCGAUCCGCCCAUACGCUUCCGCUGGUACCUGAGGAGGAAGGCUUAAUGCGCAGCAGCUCAGACGGCGGUGGCAGCGGCGCCGGCGGGGUUACGGGCGUGCCGCGGCAGGCCGCUGCCACCGCCGACGCCUUCGCUGGUAAGGCCGCGGGUCCGGCGGCAUGGCCUGCUGCGCUGGACGGUGGGCGCACAUCCGCCCCCGUCGUGUCCAAUACCUCGAUCCAGCGUGCCUCCACGGCUUCGGGCUUCCGCCGGGGUGGCAGCAGCGGUGGCAUGGCUGCUGCGGCUGUUUCCAGCGCUGCAGCGGUGCUGGCACGGCAUCACGGUGUGUCGCGGUCGCGCAGUACUUCGUGGCUUGCAUCUGGGACUACAACGACUGCGGUGGCUGCGGCGCCCACCCUCCCGCGGGUGCGUGAGGAGGGUACCGCCACUGGCAGCGGCGACUGCUACGACGCCGAUGCGAGGAGCAUGUUUGAGCUGCCUGCCGCUGACACCGCGGGUUCCGUCAGCUCCGCGGUUGAGCCCGGGCUGCUGCCGCCGCCGCCGGCGGCGGAGUUGCAACAGCGGCUUUCAGGUGGAGCGAUUUCCGACGCAGUAGCGAACGGGGCACUACUGCCGCGGCCGCCGGUGGCGGCGGCAUCCCAGCAGGCUGGGGCAGCUGCAGUGCGGGGUGAGGGCAGCGGCGGCGGCGUGGUUUCCGACCGCUUGCCGCAGCUGGUCCCGCUGCCGGAUCGCGUCUACAAGCUGCGAGUCCGGACCAGCGGGGCAUCGGGUGGGUCAACGUCCUUUGGAACUGCCGACGUCGCGUCGUCUAUCACCUCAAGCCUGGCCUGGCCGCAUUCACCGUCGGCCGCGGUGUCAGGGGCUGGCGCCGCCGCCGUCGGGGGCCGUGGUAACGGCCCCUGCCAUGCAGCAGCAACUCUUUGCACCACGUGUGGCAAGUGUACUUGUGCUGCAUGCAGGUCGCGGGCGAUGGCGACGGCAAUGGCAUUUGACCAGGGCACGGUGGCGGCGGGCCGUGUGCCAUCGCUGCCAUAUUCGACCCUGCGUCUUUGGGGCUUGGGUCCUUCGACGCGAGUCGCAGGAGCAGCUGAUCAAGCAGGCGCCACUGCUGCAGUUGGAGGCCCCGCGGCGGUUAGGAUGCCGGGGGCCGCGAUAUCGACUUGGGCGCGCGGCGCUGGCGGCGCUGGCGGCGCUGGCGGCGGCGUCGGCGUCGGCGUCGGCGGUGCCGGCAUUGGGGUCUCACGGGGCCCAGAGACCUGGCGGAGGCGACGGCCGUCGAGUCUUACGGACCUUAGCAUGUCGUCCGUGCCGUUGGUGCCGUAG